AUGGUUGUAGCUGGUGAUGACUGCUCUGUCUUCAGUCACGAGCUUCCUAGUUACAUUAAAGAUAAUUUUGAAUCAGCAAGAGUCACUGAAGCCAACUGGGAAACAAUUCAGGGUGGUGUCAUCGAAAGUGGCUGUGGGCAGCUGGCAUCCUAUGCCCACGGAGGCUCGCUUUACUUUAAUGGUCGUCAGAUAAGGCAAGCUGCCACCAAGCCACUAGAUCUCACUCGAGCAAGCAAAAUUAUGUUUGUCUUGCAAAUUGGGAGCACAGCACAGACAGCCAGUUGCAACAGUGACCUCAGCGGCCCCCACACUGUAGACAAGGCAGUGCUGCUGCAAUACAGCCUGAGCAAUGGCAUAACCUGGCAUGUCAUCGCGCAGCACCAGCCGAAGGACUUUGCACAAGCUCAGCGGGUGUCUUACAAUGUCCCCCUGGUCUUGUGUUCCUAUCCGGAUUUUGCGUUUUCUGGUGGACGAGAUGGGACAGGCUGUGACAACCCCCUUGUCUUUGUCUAUGGACCAUUGGAAGGAUCAGGGUCGCAUCCAGACCAUCAACCAUACAUCACCGUGUGGGAAAACUUGGCUCGCUAUCCACCCCCAUGGGUCGAGCCUUUCCUCCCACCUCGCCAACCAAGCUCCCGGGUCUUGGCUGUGCGAGAGGGCUCCACAGAAGGAAGACCGAAACCACGUCAGAAUGAAGGCGAGCCCAGCACCCCGCCGGUGUCCAUUUCAAAGAUAUACCCUGAUAUAGAAGAACCCCCUGAAUGGCCCACUCCCCUGCCCCCACCUUACCCCUCAGCUCCCCAACCUGCACCCCUGCCCUCAGCCCCCGAACUGGCCCCAGCCUCCGGGGCCACAGGGGGGCCCUCAGCAGGUACUAGGAGCCGACGUAGAGCCACUCCUGUAGGACCUGACUCCACCAUGGCGCUGCCCCUUAGGGCCAUUGGGCCGCCCCCAACUGGCGAGAAGGAGCUGCAGCUCCUGCAGGUAACUCUGAAAAUAGAGGGGACCCCUAUAGAUUUCUUGGUGGACACGGGAGCAGAAUAUUCUGUGCUUAAAAAACCUCUGGGAAAGAUACAAGAUAAAAAGACGCUGGUGAUUGGGGCUACAGGACAAAAACCGUAUCCGUGGACUACUUCUCGUACAGUGGAUCUUGGAAGAAACCAGGUAUCCCACUCAUUUUUAGUAAUACCAGAGUGCCCUACGCCCUUACUGGGCAGAGACUUGUUAACCAUAAAGGCCCAGAUAAAAUUUGCCCCCUCUGGACCGGAACUGUCAUGGGGAACUGAGACACCCCAAACGUUAAUAUUGUCCCUUCAGCUAGAAGAAGAAUACUGGCUAUACCAAGAGAGAAAGAAGCCCCCCGAGGAGCUUCAGGAAUGGUUACUUCGAUUUCCUCAGGCGUGGGCUGAGACAGGGGGCACGGGAAUGGCUAGACAGGCCCCCCCUGUGGUGAUUGAGCUCAAGUCUGGAGCCACCCCCAUUGGGGUCCGACAGUACCCCAUGAGCAAGGAAGCCAGAGAGGGCAUACGCCCCCACAUUAAGAGACUGUUAGAACAGGGGAUUUUAGUCCCUUGCAGGUCCCCUUGGAACACCCCCUUAUUGCCAGUAAAAAAACCGGGGACAAACGACUAUCGUCCGGUACAGGAUCUUAGGGAAGUCAACAAGAGGGUACAAGAUGUCCACCCUACAGUGCCCAACCCCUACAACUUGCUCAGUACAUUGCCACCCACUCGAACCUGGUAUACCGUCUUAGAUUUAAAAGAUGCCUUCUUCUGUCUGAGGUUACAUCCAAACAGCCAGCCCCUGUUUGCUUUCGAGUGGCGGGACCCUGAGAGUGAGAGAACCGGACAACUCACGUGGACAAGGUUACCCCAAGGAUUCAAAAACUCCCCAACACUGUUCGAUGAAGCUCUACACCGGGACCUUGCCCCCUUCCGCGCUAAUAACCCGCAGGUGACUCUUAUCAUUUAUAUUGAUGACAUUUUGCUGGCCACAGAGACCCGAGAAGAUUGCGAACUGGGGACUCAGAAGAUCCUGGCUGAGUUAGGUGAGUUGGGGUAUCGGGUCUCUGCUAAGAAAGCACAGCUAUGUCGAACUGAGGUGACAUACUUGGGAUAUACCCUAAAAAAUGGACAGCGGUGGCUCACAGAAGCCAGAAAACGAACAGUCACACAAAUCCCAACCCCAACCACCCCUCGCCAGGUAAGGGAAUUCCUGGGGACCGCGGGAUUUUGUAGGCUUUGGAUUCCAGGAUUCGCCACUUUGGCAGCCCCAUUAUAUCCCUUGACAAAAGAAAAAGGGAAGUUCAUCUGAUCAAAAGAACACCAGGUGGCUUUCGAAACUCUUAAAAAGACACUGCUACAGGCCCCUGCCCUAGCACUGCCAGAUUUAAGCAAGCCUUUUACCCUAUAUAUUGAUGAGAGAAAGGGGGUUGCCAGAGGGGUCCUCACCCAAGCUCUAGGACCUUGGAAGCGUCCGGUGGCUUAUCUGUCAAAAAAACUAGAUCCUGUGGCUAGCGGAUGGCCCUCUUGCCUUCGAGCGAUAGCUGCAACAGCCACACUGAUAAAAGAUGCUGAUAAGCUAACUCUGGGCCAGAAAGUGACAGUAGUGGCCCCCCAUGCUCUCGAAAACAUCAUCAGACAACCGCCAGACCGCUGGAUAACCAACGCUAGAAUCACCCAUUACCAGAGCUUGUUACUAACAGAGCGAGUGACUUUUGCUCCACCUGCCAUCCUCAACCCCGCUACCCUGCUACCUGAAGCCGAUGAGACCCCAGUACAUCAGUGUGAGGAGAUACUGGCUGAAGAAGCAGGGACCCGGUCAGAUUUGACCGACCAGCCGUGGCCUGGGGCGGAGACCUGGUUCACUGACGGAAGUAGCUUCGUGAAAGAAGGUAAGCGAAGGGCUGGGGCAGCGGUAGUAGAUGGAAGGACUGUUAUUUGGGCUAGCAGCCUGCCGGAAGGAACUUCGGCGCAAAAAGCAGAACUUAUUGCUCUGAUCCAAGCCCUAAAACUGGCAGAAGGGAAGUCUGUAAACAUUUAUACUGAUAGCCGAUACGCUUUUGCAACAGCCCAUGUUCAUGGGGCAAUUUACAGACAGCGUGGGUUGCUGACGUCUGCUGGCAGAGACAUUAAAAAUAAAAAGGAGAUUCUUGAUUUACUAGAGGCUAUCCACUUGCCACGAAAGGUGGCAAUCAUCCACUGCCCAGGACACCAGAAGGGGACUGGCCCUAUUGAAAAGGGAAACCAGAUGGCAGAUCAGAUGGCUAAAGAGGCGGCACACGGACCAAUGACUCUUAUAGCCAAAGUGGGGUCCCGCCAGGAUGAGAGGGCCCUGGAAAAGAGAGCCCUCACAGAAGAAGAGGGGCUAGAAUACCUGACCAGUAUGCACCUCCUCACCCACCUGGGGGCCAGAAAAAUGAUAGAACUAUCCAACAAAUCCCCUUACCACAUUCCUAGGCUCCAAAAGACAGCCGAAGAUCUGGUAAGAAACUGCAGGGCGUGUGCCCUCACUAAUGCCGGAUCCAGCAGGCAUAGUGGGGGAAAGCGCCUACGGGGAGAUCGACCUGGAACUUAUUGGGAGGUCGAUUUCACAGAAGUAAAACCUGCCCGAUACGGCAACAAAUAUCUUCUAGUUUUCAUAGAUGUUUUCUCAGGGUGGGUCGAAGCAUUUCCCACUAAGAAAGAAACAGCAAAUGUAGUGGCCAAGAAGAUACUGGAAGACAUCCUUCCCCGAUUUGGAGUACCUAAGGUAAUUGGGUCAGACAAUGGGCCUGCCUUCGUCUCCCAGGUAAGUCAGGGACUGGCCAGACAACUGGGGAUAAAUUGGAAGUUACAUUGUGCUUACCGACCCCAGAGCUCAGGACAGGUAGAAAGAAUGAAUAGAACUAUUAAAGAGACCCUUACGAAAUUAUCGAUUGAGGCCGGCGGGAUUGACUGGACAGCCCUUCUCUCCCUAGCCCUGUUCCGGGUCCGGAACACACCCGGACCUUUGGGACUAACACCCUUUGAGAUACUGUUUGGUGCACCUCCGCCUCUGUUUGAAACCCUAAAUAGUGUGACACGCCCUGAUGACAAUAAUUUUAUACCUUCCACCCACCUUUUAGCCUGUUUAAAGGCCCUUGAGACGAUCAGGAGAGAUAUUUGGGAACAGCUGAAAGACACUUACACCGCCGGAGAUCCUGCAGUUCCCCAUCAGUUUGAGAUUGGAGACGCCGUCCUGGUGCGGAGACACCGGGCGGGAAAUCUCGAGCUGUGCUGGAAAGGACCCUACCUGGUACUGUUGACAACUCCAACCGCCAUUAAGGUGGAAGGGAUCCCCACCUGGGUUCAUGCUUCACAUGUCAAAAGGGCCCCUCCUGAAACUAGUCCAGAUGAGUGGAUUUUGGAAAAGACUAAUAAUCCUCUUAAGUUGCGUUUAUGUCGUAAACGCAACCCUGAGUCAGGACAGCAACCCCCAUGCCCCGAUUCGACAAACCUGGGAGGUGAUUAA